CCAUGCCAGCGCGGGCGGGGCCCCCCAGGGCCGCCCCGGUGCCCCCCGGCGCCGCCGCCCCCGCCGCGCCCGCCGCCCUGUGCCUGGAGCCCGCGGCCGCCGAGGUGCUCGAGGCGCCCGAGGAGGUGGUGGCCGAGCUGCCCCCGCCCGGUGCCACCGACGCCGAACCCGGGACCCCCUCGGCGACCCCGGCACCGCCACCGCCGCCCCCCCGGCGCAAGCGGCACCGGCCGCCCCCGCCCUCGUCCUCCAGCGACAGCGAGGACGAGGAUGAGGAGGACGAGAGCAGCACCGAGGGCGAGGAGGACGACGACGACAGCAAAGGGGGCCCGAGGCGCUGGCUGCGCCCCCGCGCCGGGGGGGUCUCCUCCCCGCCCCCCACGUUCGCCCCCCGCAGCGAGUUCGAGCAGAUGACGAUCCUGUACGACAUCUGGAGCGCGGGGCUGGACGCCGAGGACGCGCGGUACCUGCGCCUCACCUACGAGCGGCUCCUGCAGCAGGACGGGGCCGCGCACUGGCUCAACGACACCCACUGGGUGCCCCACACCGUGACGAGGACGAGCAGCCCGCGGCGCCGGCGCCGGUGGCCGGAGUGCCGGGAGCACCGGACGGGCAGCGCCCGCAGCGAGGGCUAUUACCCCAUCAGCCGGCGCGAGAAGGCGCGGUACCUGCACCCCUGCCCCGCCCCCCGGCCCGACCCCGACGCGCCCCCCGACACCCAGGGCCCCAACCGCGUGCUGUCGGAGCGGCGCUCGGAGCAGCGGCGGCUCCUCAGCGCCAUCGGCUCAGCCGCGCUCCCCGACAGCGACCUGCUCAAGCUCAACCAGCUCAAGUUCCGGAAGAAGCGGCUGCGGUUCGGGCGGAGCCGGAUCCACGAGUGGGGGCUCUUUGCCAUGGAGCCCAUCGCGGCGGAUGAGAUGGUCAUCGAGUACGUGGGGCAGAACAUCCGGCAGGUGGUGGCGGACAUGCGGGAGAAGCGCUACGCCCAGGAGGGCAUCGGCAGCAGUUACCUGUUCCGCGUCGACCACGACACCAUCAUCGACGCCACCAAGUGCGGGAACCUGGCGCGGUUCAUCAACCACUGCUGCACG